CAGCAAAACACGAUGACGAUCUCGAAAGCGUGGUCGGGUUGAUCAUAGAAAGAUGGUUGUACAGAAGUUUCUGGAAUUUGUGUUGUUAAAAGAGCAAGUCGAUCCAAAAUUUGCGUCAGUCGAAAAGAGUGUAAAUUAUUUGUUUGGCGUACAGCUGACUCGAGAGGAAGAGGAUAGCGAAAGAUGUUGGGUGAAAGUCGAAGGCAGCGAACAUGAUAUUAGGCGCGCCAAGGUUCGCAAAAAGUCUUGCUUCUGAAAUGAUUAGCUCCCCGCGAUUACUCGACUUUGAUUUGUUUUUCUAACUCUGAACGUGUUUUUCUAUAGGAUUACAUCUUAGAGGUUUGUUCACGGACUUUCAGCUCCCUUGAAGAAGCAGAGAUUGUUUGGAAGGAAAAUAACAUUACCUCGACUCCAGUUGACAGCAGUUUGACCAAACAAAACACAUCUGUGGUCGAAGUCAAUAACAACGACUGUCAUAAAGACGAAAAAGAGUUGGCUCAGAAAUCCACUGACAAGUUAUUAGACUCUAACGAAAUAAAUCAGGUCAAUCGGAGUGAAAACGCCGAAAAUUAUUUUUCGUCGGGAAAAGUAUCCGAAAAGGAAUGCGCUGAAACAGCAGAACAGACUUCGCCGUCCGUCGAUAUAGAAUUUGCUUCUCGAAGUGCAUUUGAAAUGGUUGUGAAUCGAACUGAAGCUAAAAAACCCAGCGUUAUCGUCGAGAAAGGUAAAGGCGACGAAAAAGGCUGCGAUUCUUCGGUUAGUGACGAAUCGCUAAGAGACUUCGCGAAGAAACUCGGUUACAAUGAAGACACGAUCACAACUGGGCUGAGCAAGCUAGGACCUUCAGCGGACACCAAUUCACUGUUGUCAGAACUCGUGAAAGCUCAAUCUUCUGUUAAACAGUUGGAAGAGGGAUCGUCGACCUUCAACUACGAAAAACCAGUUCCUGUCCCUGAAGACUCGAGCUACCUGAGACCAAUCGUCAUCGAUGGAAGUAAUGUUGCUAUGAGGUAUGUAACGUUUGCUAAAUCUUCAAAUUGCGGUUGUUUCGCAUGGUUAAUGCAUUCUUCAGCUAUUACGCUGUUGGAUUGAAGUUUUGUUGUUGUAAAUAUCAGAUUUAUCUUUCGCGGAAUCACUACUAGCAAAACAAUCGAGCACUUCACUCGUACGACAUUUCUGUUUGCACAAAUAUAAGCUUAUCCACGACGUACAUUGCACAACGAGGCAUGCAAGAUGGCGAUUUCGCUUAGUUAUGCAUUUUAGGUACUUCCAUGAGGGAUUUCAUAAUUUGAUUGCAUGGUACAAGAUUUCACUCGUUUUAUCUGGCGAUAUAUCAAAGUUUUAUCGCUUUAAAUCAAUUAGUGGUCUUUGAGUUUGCAUAAUUGUGCGUGUUUUAGGGCGGAAGGGAAGUGAUACUGGCAAUAGUCACACGUGUGUGCAAGCAAAAUUGUUUUCGAGUUCAAUUGUUUUUAAUCACAUUUGAAUUCGUCGCACGUUUGAUUUGGUAUAUAUCAUUUAGUCUUGUAUAAAUCAGAACAGUUCGGUUUCUAUUUGGCUGUUGUCUCGAAAAUUUUAGUCAGUCUUAGGCAAAACUUGAAUUUGGACUUUGAGAUUUUCCUAAGUUUCCAUACCGAACAUGCCCAAAAUAAUUCUUUGCAGCUCAAAUUUUCGUUAUCGACGUUUUUUGGUUUAGUUUGGAAAAAAUGUUCUCUUGAUCCUUCUCAAACGGAACUGUUGGAAUAAUCUGUUUUUAGAACAUACUUAGGAGUGAAUACUUUCCGGAGGAAAAAAAAUUAUUUGAAUAGGAAUGGAUAAAAUUGCUGAAGUGGUCUUAAUUAGAGAAUGAAGCCAUUUCCGAAAGGUUAUUUUCCUUGUGAUAAAUGUGGGAUAUCGGAAGUUUGGUUCAUAUGCACACAACCUUCACCCGUUACCAAAGUCUCGCUUACAUUUUCCUGUACGCUUUCAUUUUUUGGAGCUUAGCAUAUCGAGAGUAUUUCUUUUCUACAAAAAAAGUUCCUCAUAAAAAACCCUCAGAUAUCCUCUUUUAAAAGGUUGGGGUUGUUGCUACAAAACUUCUUUGAUUUAAGCCUCUAUUGAUCUUUAAGUCAAACAACUUCCAAGGCAAAAAGAAAUUCACAGCACCUUUGCAGUUAUUUUUGCUUGCCAAACUUUCCCUUUCUGUUUUAAGUAUCAUUUUGUGUUACUUUGACUUUGGCAAGGCUAACCUAGUAACAGAAUUAAAUGGCUACUUUGGAAUGAGGGUAUUUAAGUUUUUAAUGAUGCUAGCAAUCAACCAGAUAAGAACAAAAAAAUUUUGAAAUAACCCAAAAGGCUACAAAACUGUUGCUGAAAUAAAGAGGCUUUUAGAGUGCUUAUUAAUUGGACUGGCUAUAUGAACAAGUUUGUCGAAAGGAAGCAUUUUAAAGUAAUCCGAUAUGUCUUCUGGCUUUUUCCUUGACAUGGAAAGGUAUCUCAGAUAUUUCAAAUAUUUGACUCUGGAUAAUUGACCACAGUCCUGAAAUUUUAGAGAAUGACUCUUGAGGGCUUGCAGCUUGAUGCUUGGCAAAAUAGUAGGGUGAAAUCAUAACAUGUUGUCAACCUUGUCAAGACCUUGACACACUACCUAGGGGCCAUGUGCAUGAAAUAAUUGUUGAAAUAGUAAAUUCAGUGUCAAGAGGUAGAAGUUGAAACAUAAUUGGUGUGCACAGGCCAAUUUGUUUUAACUUUUUAACUCCCAAGAUCCUCUCCCCUAAAGCUGCUACACAUUUCUUUGUAAGUUAGUCAUGAGAAUUUAUUGUUUGGCCAAGAUAACUUCUACCUGACAAGAUUGAUAUAUUUAUGAGAAUUAUAAUUUUUUGUUGUGAUUUUGAACUUGGUUAGUUCCAAUAAUGUUUCAUGUCCAGUAAAGCUUGGUUAUGCUUUUUGCUGUGUGUUGGGAUUAUAAUCCUCUGCAUGAAAAUGAAAUGUCAAUUUUAUUUUUAACUGAAUUCUGGACAUUUAAAGGUGGAUCUGUUCUUUUACUCUUUAAAUUAAAAUCCAUUAUUCCAAAUAUGAAGAGAAGCUAGUUUUGAAUCAUCAAUAACCUCAAUUAAAUUUAAUCCUUCUGAGUGAUUUUAUUUUUAUUGUUCUCAUAGUCAUGGGAAUCAGAAAGUAUUCUCCUGUAGGGGAAUUGGCCUUGUGGUGGACUGGUUUCUUGCAAGAAAUCACCUCAACAUAAAAGUUUUUGUCCCUAUGUGGCGUAAAAAUGCACCACGCCCUGACUCGCCAAUUACCAAUCAAGAGGUUCUGAAAAGGCUUGAAGAGGACUGCAUUCUUGUGUGGACCCCAAGCAGAACAGCUGCCAAUGGGAAAAUCAUCAAAUGUUAUGAUGACCGCUACAUCAUCAAGCAUGCUGCUGACAACGAUGGUGUUAUUGUUUCAAAUGACAACUUCCGCGAUUUGAUGGCAGAGAGUCAUGAGUGGAAGAAAGUCAUUGAACAGCGUCUUUUGAUGUACUCAUUUGUUGAUGACAAAUUCAUGCCACCAGAUGACCCUAGUGGGAGGCAUGGUCCUACCUUGGAUGAGUUCCUCAAAAAGGGGCAUGGAAAAUUGUGUCCAUAUCAGCGCAACUGCACAUAUGGAAAGCGCUGCAGAUUUCUGCACCCUGACAGAAACCAAGUGAGGGAACCAAACUGUGUACCAGCUAACACAGCACAUUUACCUCCAGAGGUCCCCUAUGGUCAAGUUUCAAGGUUACCUAAACCACUGCCCCCAUGCCCUCCAAGGCCACUCCCAGCCACACCAACUGAAUUUCACCAAAAGCCUCUGCCAUUACCACCACAUAGUGAAUUCCCUGCAGAAAUGGCAAGGGUAUUUCCACCAACCUUGCGGACAGGCCAGGUCGUGGGAAUUGGAGAGCGCAGAUCCGACCCUUUGCCACGUCAAAAACAACUCCCUCCUGAUGUGCAAGCAAUGCAAGACCGGUUUCAGAGAACUCACAGCAUUGGAAGUGUUCAAGACCAAGCUUGCGGUGGGGCUCCAGUUGGCCCUGUUAGUCCAAUGUUGCGACGUGGAAGUCUACCCCACGCCUGUCAUCCUCAGCAGUACUCAUCCCUAACAGGACACCCUGAUAUAAUGGUGCGUGGCUCUAUGACACUGCCCCGAAUGCAAAAUGAAAAGAGUGUGGUUGGGGGUGAUUGGAUGAUACAAGAGCAGAUGUUUGGAGGGAGCCCAUACCAUUAUAGACCCCAGUACCAUUCCAACCCACCUGUCAGUAGUCCAUCACCUUACAAAGGCCACCCACCAGCAAGCCUUCCACCGAACCACUGGAAUCUUCCACCUUUCUCUCAGGCACACCAUCAGUAUCCUCCUGCACAACAGUAUCAUCAUUACGGACCAGCUCCACCUUACAGUUAUAGUCGCACUCCAUAUGGACAGAACAACAGCUACAUGUACCGCUCACGAGCCCCUCCAAUAAUUGGUGGAAUCUCUGGAGAUGUGACAGAUAAUCCUGAAGAGGGUGAUAACUCAUCAUCACAUGAGGAUCUUAGAAUCAAGGCCUAUGAAAAGCUUUCUGAAAUAUUCCCUGAUGAGGUUGAGAAAGUUCUCAAGAUCCUUGAUAAGUAUUCUGAUGAAACUAGUAUUGAUAUAUUGACCCAGCACAUGUUGGAUGAUGUAGAUGAGUGAGGAAAAAAUUAACCAGUGUUACAGAUCAUAAUUUUUAUGAAAAAAAAAAAAAAAAAAAAAGCUAAGGAACUGUCCAAAAAAUUUGUGCAGAACAACUUAACUUCAGUAGAGAACACACGUUUUUUAUUAUGCUUGAUAUCAUCAAGUUAAAAGUAUAUCUGGUACAUUCGAUGGUGUGGUACAUGUAUAUUUAGUGUGAGGGUGUAGUAAUUUCUGUUCAUUUAUUGAUAAUUUUUAAGUUUGGAGCUUCAUCAAGUAGACUUUGGACAAGAAAUUUUUAGAAUUUGUAGGGAGUGAUGGUUCCUCAAGUUAUAGGGUUGAGUGGUUACAGCAUGUCAACAUUGCUGAUUGAAUUUGUCUGCUUAUUUUUGUGUGUUCUUCACACUCACCUACUUAAGUUUGGAUCUUGAAUUCAUUAAAAAAUUUUUGUUAAUAUUGGAAAAUUUAAGCCAUGCUUCCAGUAGGCAACUUGGAGAAAACCUUCUCUUGGUAUCUUAGCGUAGUCUAAUUUCAGCGAUUUAUUGUUUUAAACGACAAAGGUGGCAUUUACAGAGAUUUCAUCUGUAUACUUCUGGGAAUGUUCAGAGGAUAUUUGUAAAAAGGUUUUCUUGUCUGUCAUUUUAUAAAUGCCAUUAUUCCUUAAAUUUUUAUGAGGUGUGAUUGAAGUUUUAGCUAAAUAUUCGUGCAGGAUAGCAGUUGAACUGGUAAGUUCAUGCAUUUUGAUGUUGACAUGCUAGUAAUAUUUUUAAACAAGGAAUUUUUCUAUUAGGACAGGUCUUAAAUACACACUCAUUAAAAUUUUAAUACAAUAAAAAUAACUUAAGUUGGAAAUGGUUAGUGGAAGGAACAUUGAUCAGAGAAUGCCUGAGAAGUAAUGAUCCAUGGUCAAUUGAGAAAAACGUUUUUUGUAUGGUUUUUAGUGCCUUUAAUCAACAUAUGAAGUAAUCCAGUUAUCUUAUAAAUAGGAUGCCAAGGCUUUAUAAUCUAUUUACAGUCAAUAUUUUAUACUGGGAAAAUAAUGGAAGGGGUUUUACAGGCAGAACAUAUUGAUCAAAUUUUUGGGUCAGAACAUGGUUUCUUGCUAGCCAAGAGAUCCUUGCUGGUCGAGCAGUUUUGUAGCACUCAUUCUUAAAUGGAAAUAUCUAUUUUCUAUGCAUGCGGUUGCCAUCAUCCUUGGCAGCACCUUAACCCUUUAACUCCUGUGAGUGACCAAGACAAAAUUUAUUCUUACUAUAUCUAGACAAUGUUAUGCCAACAAGUGAUGAGAAUAAAGUAAAAUAUCAUUUAUGGGAUUACAACUUGAUCCAAUACCUAAUUCUCCAAAUUGACAUCAUAAUAAUUGUAUGGAAGACAGAAAGAGAAUUACUGAUGAGAUCUUAGGAGUUAAAGGGUUAAGGGAACUAUGUCAAUUGUGCAUCAAUGUGAUGUCUGUAAUCUGAGUUAAUCUUUUCAAUCUUGUACCUACCAUCCAUGCAAUGUUUGAUGUUUUUCACCCCAGACAUUUCAUUUUAUUUUUAUGAUCUACCAUGCUGGAGUUGAAAAAAAAAUUGCUUAAAAUAUUGAUGUAGCUUCCUUGAUCAGUAAUUAAUCUCUAAGAGUGGUAAAGUGGUAUGUAGUCAAGGUUAAGUUGACUUAAAAUCAUAAUUUGGCAUGCUACUUUGUUCUGAUGGAGUGGAAUUUGAAUGCAAGAAAGUUUUGUUAAUGUAUUUAAGGUGUUACUGGUCAUGUACAGGUUUUCAUCAGCUUUUCUCUGAUGUUCAGCUUUUUGUAAUAUUUGCAAUGUGAAGUGAUUUUGAUAUCAUUUUUGUAGGUAUGUUAGUAUAUUCCAGAGCUUAUUGUUUGACUUCAUGUUAUUUAAACCCUUAAUAUUGCUGAGUCAAUUAUAUACACUUGUUAACUUUUUUUCUCAUGAGAGUGGAUUAUCAAAAAUCUUAAAAUAUGAGGCAAUUUCCUCAACACUUAGUGGUGAAUAUUUAAAAUGUACCCUCUGGUGAGGAUAUGGUCACAAACUGGAACUCAAAGAAAAUGUUCUUAUCUGUGCCACUGGAGAGAAUACUAUCUUACAAACAAUUUAUUCUAAUUUUUGCAAAUUUUAA